AUGGAAAUCAAGAAGGAUCCGCACUACGAGAGGCCUUUUCCCCUUCACAACAAGCAGGUAAGGGAAGAAAAUAGAAACAAGUUCUGCGCGUACCAUGAUGCUCGGGGUCAUGUUACCGAGGAGUGCAGAAAUCUCAGAAUCCUGAUCGAGAAGUUUAUCAAAAACGGAAAAUUACUCCGUUUUAUAGCAGACAACCAAGGCCUGCCUCGGCAGAAUCAGAGGCCUCAAGAGCGUAGAGACCGAGAGCAAGGACGUAGAGAGCGUUCUUCUCAAAGACAUAGAGAGCGUUCUCCUCAGAGACAUAGAGGGCGUUCUCCUCAAAGACGUAAUGAGGAUCGCCGAGACAGAAGGGAGGAACCUCAGCGAGACAGAAGCAGAAGCAGAGGCGCACAAGGUCAUAAGCCACGGAAUGGGCCGGUCAUCGCCGACAUCCGAACUAUAUUCGGAGGUUUUGGCGGAGGAGGAGAAACAAGUGCGGAUAGGAAGGCAUACGCUCGGUAUCAGAAACAUCAGGAGGUGAUGGCUAUAGAGAGACCCCACAAAUCCCACAGGAGGGAAUCUAUGGUGGUGGGGUUUUCAGAUGAAGAUUACGCGGGAGUUUCACUUCCGCAUACCGACGCGAUCGUGGUCACGUUGCAGGUGGCUAACCACCGAAUUCAUCAAAUGUUCAUCGAUAAUGGGAGCUCGGCUGAUAUCCUAUAUUGGUCAGCCUUUCGGAACAUGGAAAUCAGUCCGGAAAAGGUGAUCCCGGCUACCUGCCCUCUGGUAGGAUUUGCUGGGGAACAGGUCUUGCCAAUCGGGUCCAUUGAACUUCCCGUGACUGCUGGAGAUUAUCCGACCACAAAAACUAUUAUGGUUAAGUUUUUGUUGAUCGAUAAACCCUCGGCCUACAACGCCAUCAUUGGAAGAACAGCACUUAAUGAUCUGAAGGCGGUCACUUCCACUUCACAUUUGAAGAUCAAAUUCCCAACCGAGAGAGGUGUUGGAGAAGUAAGGGGAGAACAGGGAGUGGCACGUCAGUGUUACAACAUAACGCUGAAAGGGACCCCUUCACAGAAGAGCUGCAGGGAGAAGGGCAAGAAAUAG